AUGCCUUCUCGAUCUCGCAUUCCAAUACAGCUCACGGAUGGGUUUCUGAGUAGCGGACGACCAGAGCAAAUUCGACCACGACUAACGAGCGAAGAGUGGCACGCCCUUCGUCUUGCCAUCUACGAAGCCAUUGCUCCUGCAUCCAAGUUCAAGCGUCUUGUUACAGUGUUGCUGACUGGGUUGUUUGCGGUCCCAUUCUUGGCCUUCUUCUUUCUCCUCGUGUUUGUCCUAUCUGACUUUGUCGAAUUUGAGGAUGGACAAGCCGAACAAGCCUUUCAGCUGUUGCUGAUUGUCGCCGCCUCUGGAUUUCUUGGUUUGGGCGUUGGUAUGCUGUUGGUUGCAAGCCUAAUACGACGAGUAUGCAUUGAAAGCUACAUGGAUGUAUACUUGGCCAAGGCCACAUUCGACUUUGAAACUGAGAUCGACAGCAGUGGCAUUGCGAUUGACAUUGUCAUGGCUCCCGCUUGCAGGAAGUGUCUCCGCCGUACGUUCGUGGCUUGGUGUGAUGUUGACUAUAUCUUGGUGGUGACUAUUGAGCGUCACAAAUCGGAGGAUUUCUACGAACGGAUGUGA